AUGCCCUUUGACUUGAAGAAUGCCGGGUCGACCUACCAGAGGAUAAUGACCAGGAUGUUUGAACUACAGAUGGGUAAGAGCAUCGAAGUCUAUAUAGACGACAUGGUGGUGAAGAGCAAGUUAGUGCCCAAUCACGUCAAAGACCUCGACGAUGUCUUUGGAAUUCUGAGAAAGUACAGGCUGCGCCUGAACGCGUCCAAGUGUUCAUUCGGAGUGGGGUCAGGAAAAUAUUUAGGUUACAUGGUGACCCAUAGAGGCAUUGAAGUCAGCCCCGACCAAAUUAGAGCUAUCCAUAGCUUGCAGCCUCCUCGGAACCCUAAAGAGGUCCAAAAACUCACUGGCAUGCCUGCCACCUUAAACCGUUUCAUCUCCCACUCGGCAGACAGGUACAGGCCUUUCUUCCUCUUAUUAAACAAGUGGAAAGACUUCAAGUGGACUGAAGAGUGCGCCUUAGCCUUCCAGCAGCUUAAGGAAUACCCGACUCGGCCAUCAAUCAUGUCUAGUCCUGAAACCGACGAGGUACUAUUCGCCUAUAUUGCGGUAACCCCUCACGCAGUGAGUUUACUGCUGAUCCGAGAAGACAACGACACACAACAGCCCGUCUACUACGUAAUCAAAUCGUUGCACGAGGCAGAGAUCCGUUACCUCCCCUUCGAAAAGGCCGUCCUGGCAAUCGUGCAAGCCACGCGAAAGCUCCCCCACUAUUUCCAGGCACAUACCGUUGUUGUACUAACCCAACUUCCGCUCAGAUCAAUACUCCGGAGUGCCAACUACACGGGUAGAAUAGCAAAGUGUGGGACGAUUCUGGGCGCCUUCGACAUUAGGUACAUGCCUCGCACCGCUGUGAAGGGUCAGGUUCUUGCAGAUCUGGUAGCUGAGUUUGCAGAACCCACACUAGAAGGAGGAGGAGGGCCACUAAAUCCAGACGGGAAAUUGAUCGGUACAGUCUCUCAGCAAGAACCCACUUGUUGGAAAGUACACGUUGACGGCGCGGCCAACCAAAGGGGCUCAGGGGUGGGGCUCAUCCUAGUUUCCCCUGAGGGGAUUACCAUCAAAAAAUCGUUAAGGCUGGACUUCUCCGCCACGAAUAACGAAGCAGAGUAUGGGGCAUUAUUGGAAGGAAUGUCAAUGAUCCAGAAACUGGAUGGGAAAUCCAUAAACAUGUUCUCAAACUCAAGACUUGUCGUGGGACAAGUAAAUGGGGAAUUGGAGGCGAGGGAUGAAAGAAUGCAAGAGUACCUAGUCCAAGUCAAGCGCUUGCGGGCGCAUUUCGAUCACUUCAAUCUAGUGCACGUGUCUAGGAGCGAGAACACCCACGCUGACUCUCUUGCAACGCUCGCCACCUCUUCGGCUCAACCACUUCCUCGGGUCAUACUCGUAGAAGAUCUAUACAGCCCAACGAUGGCGAGAACCGACUUAGUACGGUGGGGCCUGGACAUCCUAGGACCAUUUCCUAAAGCAGUGGGGAACAAAAGGUUUCUUCUUGUCGACACAGAUUAUUUCACAAAAUGGGUCGAAGCUGAGCCACUGGCAAACAUUAAAGACGUUGAUGCCAAGAAAUUUGUUUGGAAAAAUAUCGUCACCAGGUUCGGAAUCCCUCACACCCUAAUCUCGAACAACGGUUUCCAAUGUGAUAGUAAAGCUUUCAGAAGAUAUUGUAGCGAGUUGGGAAUUGCCAAUAGGUACUCCACACCGGCUUACCCACAGGGGAAUGGGCAGGCUGAAGCCAUCAAUAAAACCAUAGUAAAUGGGUUGAAAAAGAUGUUAGAUGACGCGAAAGGAAGGUGGGUAGAAGAACUGUCCCAUGUCUUGUGGACGUACCGCACCACGCCAUGCAGGUCCACAGGGGAAACCCCCUUUUCGAUGACCUAUGGAGCUGAGGCUGUUAUUCCUCUAGAGACAAAUUUCCUAACACUGAAGACCAGCUCAUUCUGCGCCAAUGCUAACAACGGACUGCUGGAAAAAAGCUUAGACUUUAUCGAGGAAAUAAGGGAGAGUGCAAUGAUCUAA